AUGUUGCAGAGAGACCUGAGUGUAGCUGCCGCUCUUCUGCUGCUGCUCUUUGUCCAAUGUCUUCAUGGCUCGGCUCUCCCUGCUGUAUCCUCCUAUGAGUUCACAGCCUACAGGAUGCAGCAGUACAACUUGGUGCAGCAGAAGUAUGGUUGCCGUGGAGCCAUCGUGGUGGCAGAAGCCCGCUCAGCGGACGAGCCGGUGCUGACCCGUCGCUGUGUCAUCAUGAAGGUGCAGGACUUCACCACAGAGAAAUACCUUGAGGCCCAGAGACAAAAUGCUGCUGCCAUCCUGAUCCUGCUGCCCAAAAAUAUCUCCAGUAUCCCCCACGACACUAUACAGUCCUUCAUGAUGAGUGAGAAUGAGGCCUUGCUGAAGGAGACCCUCAUGCCUGUGUAUGUGGCGCCUGAGGAUGAACAGCUGCUUUACAUGUAUGAGGAGGUGAAGCAGGCUGCAGCCACCCGGACCUCAUCUAUAUUCAUCAGAGUCCUUCGAAGCAUGGUCACAGCUACAGCCUUUCAGAUCUUAGUGAGCAACAACGUUCCCAUUAAGAGCUUCUCUGACAACACCAUCGUCACACUGGAGGGAGUGCUUCCUGGAACAGGAGAGGAUGCACCCACUAUCGUCAUCACCGCCCACUAUGAUUCCUACGGGCUGGCACCAUGGUUGUCAUAUGGAGCAGAUUCUAAUGGCAGCGGGGUCACCAUCCUGCUGGAGCUGGCACGUCUCUUCCAGAAGCUUUAUAGCAGCCCGAGGACCAGACCACCAUAUAAUUUAAUGUUUUCCCUGACUGGAGGCGGAAAGUACAAUUUUCUCGGCACAAGGAGAUGGAUUGAAGAGAAUCUGGACCACGCUGAGUCCAGCCUGCUGCAUGACAAUGUGGCUUUUGUUCUGUGUUUGGAUACACUGGCCAACAGUGAUGAACUGUACAUGCACGUGUCCCGCCCUCCUAAACCAGACACUCCCAUGCACUCGUUCAUUCAACAGCUGGAGGAGGUGGUGUCCUCCAGAUUUCCCUGGGUGAAGCUGGGAUUGGUCCAUAAAAAGAUCAAUCUUGUGGAGUCCACAGUGGCGUGGGAGCAUGAGCGCUACAGUCUGCGCAGGAUACCAAGUUUCACUCUGUCACAUGUGGAAGACCCCAAAUCUGAGCUGCGUGGCUCCAUGCUUGACACCAUGUCACUAGUGGACUUCAGGAAAAUGAAGCGUAACGGCGUCAUCAUAGCAGAAGCACUGGCACGUUACAUGUACAAUCUGUCUGACAAGGGUUCACCAAAAGAUGUGCAGGUUUUCAAGGGGCAAUUGGACUUUCACGAUGGUCGUAUGUCCAGCCUGAUGUCCUUCCUGACGUCUGUCCCUCGGGCCGCCCAACUGCUGGAUAAGGAACCCGGUCACAUCCAGCUGGUUAACUCACUCGAGCACGAGUUCAAAAGUUACCUGCAGCAAGUUCACAAACACACUUUCAGACAGGACAAGAGGGACCCUGAUAUGACCUUUUUUGAUCAAAUGAACCAACCAGUAGUGAUGUACAGAGUGAAGCCUGCAGCUUUUGAUCUCUUUCUCGGUGGCUGCAUUGCUGCUUAUUUAGGGAUUGUUUACUACACCAUCCAGAAUUGUGGUUAUCUCUACGCAAAGCUGAAAGCAGCAGUGAAAUCUAAGCAUGAGUAAAUCAGACUGUGAAUACUGAGUCUGCGACGAAGGCUUUGAAGUCUGCAUUGCACAUACUGGACUUCUGCCUCACUGGCUAUGCAGAACAUGAAAGCAAUGCAACAAGAAUCUUCUCGGACUGAUCAUAUGCACGACUUAUAAAGUGUGCUUCUGCUUUGAAAUGUAUAUUGUUUUCAUAAACCCACUGCACUGUAAACUAUUUCUUAUAUAAACUGACUGGAAUUUAUUGUCUGGAGGA